UUUCUGUUGCAGGCUUAGCAGCUUCAACGGUUAAUUUAACUUCCACAUUGUGGCCUGGCCCCACCUCAAGAUUCUACAUUAUGGGUUCCCUUUUUCUCCAUUCUUUACUCAUAAUUUCAGGGUUAUAACUUAUAAAUCCCUCUAGAAAAAGGUCUCUCAACCUCUGACAAAAACACCAAACACCUUCUGUUAUGCUUCUUCUGCUUCUGUUCCUGUUCCUGUUGUUGUUGUUGUUAGGCUAAUGGAUCAUUCUCUGAAUUCAUCUAUGGGAAAAUCAGUACCUGCCAGUGCCAAUGAAAACCCAAGUUAUCAUGAGGAAAGUGGUUGGACUUCUUACUUGGAAGAUUUCUCUAAAGACAUGGAGCCCAGUUCCUGUUCCAGUUUUGGUGGCUCCUCUUUGGUCUCAGAUGCUGCUUCUUGUGCUGCAUGGAAGUUCUCACAUUCAGUUAGGGUUAGGGACUCAUCAAAUAAUUACCCUAAGAAACUAUGUUUCAAGAAAACAAGAACCAAACAGAUAUCAGAGGAUGACCCUUUGGAGGACACUGCUAGCUCCCCUGCCAAUAGUCCUAAGGUAGGAGACUUGAAUCCAAUGGAAAUGGUUUCAAGGAAGAUUGAUGAUCAACUAGAUGGUUCUAGGGAUAAGGGAUUUGAGUCAAAGUUGAAGACAGAUGAAGGUGACCUAAAUUUUAAUGGAAAUAAUGUUGAGUGCACAGACUUGAAGAAAAGGGGUCUUUGCCUUGUUCCAUUGUCCAUGUUGGUUAAUUAUUAUGGGUGAUUGAUACUUUUGUCUACUGACUCCACUUCCUCUAUCUCCCUCUCUUCCCCUUCUUGUAUCCUUUUCUUUGUGUUCUUCUUCUAUGUAACUUAACUGCUCAGGUUAUGUUGCUGUACACAUAGCAUGAUCAAUGACUGAUAAUCUGUAUAAUUAUACCAAUCAAUGUUAACAUGA